CAUUGAUUCCUGGGGCCGGCAUUACAGAUUCAGGAGAGAAAUUGGGUAGGGGUCCUUUUAAAGUCCCCAAGGCUCCUGUUUUCGAUGGGACCGACGUGUCCUAUCCCUCGUGGUCACAGAAUUUUCUGCUGAGUGCCCGGCACAACAAUCUGUUUGAAGCGUUUGUUUCUGAGACUGAGAUUCCAAUUGCUGACAUUGGUUUCGACUUGACCCCCUGGGUAGAGAAAGGAUUCAGUGUGGGUGUGCUGCGUCAGGCUGAAAUGGGAUGGUGGUUUCUGUUUGAUUGCUUGAAGAAGGAAAGUCUGAAAACUAUGGCUAGGCACGCUGGUUCCCCCAGCAAGGCGUUCCGAGUGCUCAAAGAUCACUUCCUACCGUUGAGCCAGAGUCAGAUUCGUGUGCAAGAGGAGAAACUCAAGUCAUUGCGCAUGCGUUCGAAUGAGAAUCCCUCCAUCUUCUUUACAUCUAUGAGAGAGACGCUUGGUGUGCUUCAGAUGCUGGAAGUUAAGAAAGAUGACAGAGAGGUAUGCAACCUGAUGCUCGAGGGAUUGUCACAUGAGUAUAAGACCCUGCGUGAAACUCUGGUGGUGUUCUGUCCGAAUGACCCGUCGUUCAUAGAGACUAAAGUGCGUGAGAGGUAUCUCGACUUGCUGACUCAACCUGGUCCGAAGAAACACAGUGUUGCACUCAUGUCUAGACCUGUGAGGAAGAGUGCGAAGAAGCAGAACCAGAAGUCAAAGUCUAACUCCGAGUCUGAUUCGUCUAAGAAAAAGAUUUUUCAGGGGAAGUGUUUCAAGUGUUGGGAGAAGGGUCACUUGAAGAUGGACUGCCUGGCUCGUGUGAUAGCUCAUCCCUCUCAGACCGGACCAUCCGAGGACGACAAGGAUGAGAACGGUGAGAAGUCUGACUUGGUGUUGUUGUUAUCUCAAGCCAACUCAAGCGAAUGGAGUGGUGGCAAGUACAUUGCAGCAAUGUAUGCCAAAAUCAUGCAGAAGUGGCAGGAGUCCCGUGGUAGCAGUAGAAAUGAUGCUGUUUUGGAACACCAUGAUACCAUGUAUCUUGAAGCGUUGUAUACCGAAGCAGAGGAUGAGUUGAAGAAGUACGUCGGCAGUGACCGUGUUGUCCGUGAUUCUAUUCGCGAACACUCCACUCUUACGAAGAAGGAUAGAUGCAUCGAAGAUUGGUAUGCGGACACGGGUACAGCUUUCCACAUGACAGACUCUCUCUCUUGCAUGAAGGAUGUGAAACCUUGCCACAAGAAAGUAAAAGGAAUUGGUGGCGUAACUUGUGAGGUAGCACUAUCAGGAACUCUUGAAGUGGCGUUUGUGUCUGCUGACAGCGAGUUUUCUGCAGAGUUGAAGAAUGUGCUAUAUGCCCCCAAGUUAGGGUACAACCUUUUCUCUCCCAGCGCAGAGUUUGAUGGCGAGUCAUGGAAUGGCCUUGGUGGUCCUGACGGUGUGAUGACUGCUUUCCACGGGCAUGUUACUUUUCAGAAUUUCGAUGGCAUGCUUGUUGCUACUGCGUAUCGUCUCGGACAUAACUCUAUUGGAUCGGUGUUGGCUGCCCUCACCCCUUCAAACCCCAAGCGCGUAAAAAUCAUGGAUGUGAACGAUUUUCAUAACAUUUAUGGUCAUGCGCAUGAAGGGCUGCUUAGGACCACUGCAAAGCGACUAGGUAUCGAGUUGACCGGCAGAGUUUUUGUUGACCUGGGAGGGAAGAAGGGCGUUGCGUCCAUAGGGGGCAAACAUUACCCCAUGAUUUUGAAGGAUGACUUCACAAGGCGUGCAUGGAUGUAUUUCCUAAGAAGUAAAUCAGACGCUGGCAGUGCUUUCCGAAGUUUUCUUGCGAAUGUGCGUGCUGAUGGGAUCCCAUCAUUGAUUGAGAUUGUUAGAUCUGACAAUGGAGGGGAAUUUUUCGGUGGAGAAUUUGCAUCUGUGUGCAAUGAGCUCUUGAUUAAACAAGAGUUCACCCCGGCUCACAGUCCCGAAUUCAAUGGUGUUGCGGAACGUGGUUUGGGAUUGAUAGAAGAGGCCGCAAUGGCGGCUCGUAUUCAGGCGAAAGUUCUGUUUGGGCAUGUGCAGUUACCUAAGACUGAUAGACUCUGGGCGGAGGCCAUGCACUGGGCCUGCGAGGCACUCAAUCACACGGCUUGUUCUGCUAACCCCGACUCCAAAUCGCCGUAUGAAAUGUGGUAUGGGGAAGCUCGUCCUGCUAGACCGUAUCCGUUUUUGAAGCCAGCGUACUGUAAAUGGCAGCGACCGUCUAAGCUGCUACCGAAGGGUGAGAGUUGCUUUUAUGUUGGUCCUUCGAGAGACCACCCACGUGAUUGUCAUAGAGUACUCACCAGAGCUGGGACUAUUCAGGAAACGAGGAACGUAACGUGGGAAGCGUUGCCGUCACAGCUCCCUCCACCGCAACCUCCGCUGCCGAUAGAGGUCGCAGAGGAGGAAGGGGAGGAAAGUGACGACGAUGUAGAAGCUGAGGGAGGGCAGGAAACGGGGGAAGUAGAGUCCGAAGAUCCGGGAGAGCAUGAUGAAGUAGAGUCGGAGGAUCCGGGAGGGCAUGAAGAAGAGUCUAUGGAUCAGGGAGGGCAGGAUACAGAGUCGGCGGGGCCGGGAGGGCAGGAAGUAGAGGUGGAGGCAUCUCCUCCAGCCGCUCGCCGUCCGCAGCAUGUCGUUGACCUUGCUGAUUUUAAUACUGCUGCGCGUGAUGCAGUAGAAUUGCCGAAAGAGCUCAUUCAGGACGUAGAGCCAGAGCCUGGUAGCUAUCAAGAAGCUCUGCGAUCGAAGCAUGCCACGAUUUGGGAUAAAGCCAUGUCUGCAGAAGUUGAAGGCUUGAUACGAGCAGGAACGUUCACGUUAGCAGCAAAAAUCCCAGAAGGUUGUAACGUGAUUGAUGCUAGAUGGGUUUUCAAAUGGAAAGCAGACGAAACAGGAAAGAUAGUAAAGGCCAAGGCUAGGCUUGUAGCGAAGGGCUUCAAGCAGAAGCAUGGGGUGGACUAUCUUGAGACUUUCUCGCCUACUGCAAAUGCUGCAUCGAUUCGAUUGGUAGUAGCAUUGGCGUGCAAGUAUAACUUGGAAUUACUCCACUUAGACAUUGAGCAAGCCUUUGUUCAGUCGAAAUUGGAUCACGAGGUGUUCAUGAAGUUGCCUCCUGGCUGUGAUUCGAUGUCAGGAAAAAUUGUCCGUUUGAACAAGAGUUUGUACGGAACGAAGAGGCUUGCCGAGGUGAUUGUAGAGGCACUAGGUGACUCUCUUCCUACGAAGAAUUUGGGAGAAGUCAGAUUCUUUCUUGGUUGCGCAUUUAGUCGCGACCGCGAGGCUGGCACGAUUGAGAUUUCUCAAGAGAGUUACAUCAGGAGUGUUCUAGAGAGAUUCAAUAUUUGUCGCACCAGCUCGAUCCCCGCUUCCCCUGCCAACGAUAGCAGGUCCGUGAUGGAGGAUGAGGAGGCAGGAGAUGUGCCGUUCAGGGAAGUGGUGGGAUGCCUGAUGUGGAUCGCCAACAAUACGAGGCCAGAAACUUCGAACGCUGUGCGGACGGUGGCGAGACACUCUCACGAGCCCAAGAAGAGUGACUGGAAGGCAGCCCAGAAGAUUUUGAGUUAUCUUAAGGAAACGGCACAUCUAACUCUGAAGUACAAGCAGGACACUACGGUAGACGUAGGCACGAUAGUGUACGUAGACGCUGACUUUGCCAGCAAGGCCACUGACCGUAGACCAGUUUCUGGAGCAUUAAUUCUUGUAGCUGGCUGUCUUGUGUCUUGGUUUUCUUGGACGCAGAAAUGUGUCUCACUGUCAACUUCUGAAGCAGAGUAUANCGUCUUUGAGGACAACGAAGGAGCGAUUGCGCUUGCAGAGAAUCCGUUUAGCUCGAGUAGGAGUAAGCACAUUGACGUGAGGCACCACUUCCUUAGGAAUUUGACGGAGGAGGGCGUGAUCAAGGUCACCCAUGUCCCAAUCAAGGAGCAGCAUGCUGACAUCCUCGCAAAGGCUCUAGCGAGAAACCUUUUUGAAGUUCACCGUGACUUUGUCCUUGGCUCAGUAGCUGAGAAGUAG